UCGCAGAUGGCAUUCACAAGAUUCAGUGGCUUGGAUGCAGAGCUCUGGGAGGCUGGUGCUGUGAAUGAGGCUGUCACAAUAUGCGUGCAGAUCGUUCUUUGCAGGAUGAUGUCAAAUUGUGAAUAUGGCUGUUUUAAAAUCUUCUCCAGUGAAGUUAAGCUUUGCCACCUACCUCGCCCUCCUGCCUUUCAUCUUUAUAGAAAGUGUGUUUUGUACAGAGGGUAUUUCCAGCUGCCUAUCUCACCCAUGCCAAAACAAUGCAACUUGUCAAGAUGUUAAACCAGACUUUCAUUGCCAAUGUUCAUCGAUUUCUGUUGCAAAGAAGAUCAAGCCAUGCACCCCUCACAAUCUUUGCCGAUCUGAUUCUUGUAACAGAAAUGCCACUUGCAUCACCCUUGGAAAUCCCACUAACCUCAGGUGCCGCUGUGAAUCUGGGAAUCAAGAAGAGCUCUGCAAGACCCACAUACUCCAGUGUGCUGAAGACCUUUGUGACAGUGGGGUCAAUUGUCAAGUCCUCUCUAAUCAGGAUGUAGUCCCCAAUUACAGGUGUAUUUGCCAGGACGGUUAUGAGGGUGAGCACUGUGAAACAAAUGUUAAUGAAUGUGCCUCCAACCCAUGCCACAAUGGAGCUGUGUGCCGGGACACAGUGAACGGGUACUCCUGCUACUGUGUACCGGGCUUUCAAGGGAAACACUGUGAGAUCGAAGUCAAUGAGUGCAUUUCACGGCCCUGCCAAAAUGGAGCCACUUGUCUGAAUAAAAUUGGGAAUUAUGUCUGUAUGUGCAUGCCAGGGUAUACAGGGCGUAACUGUGAGUCGGAAACUGAUGAAUGCUGGUCAUCACCAUGCCAGAAUGGAGCUUCUUGUCAAGACCACCUGAAUGGCUUUUCUUGCACUUGUGCAGCAGGCUUCCAGGGAGACCUGUGUGAAAUAGACAUUGAUGAAUGCAGAAGUCAGCCCUGCCAAAAUGGAGGACAAUGUAUUGAUGGAAUUAAUGGUUACAGCUGCAUCUGCACCAGUCGGUGGUAUUCAGGUCCACACUGUGAGAUUUUCAUUGCCCCCUGUGAAGUGCAGCCAUGCCUCAACAAUGGCACUUGUGAGGAGAGAGGAGUUGACUAUAUGUGCAACUGCUGGCCAGGAUUUACGGGGCGAGACUGCGAGAUGGAUAUAAAUGAGUGCAGUAGUAACCCAUGCUCAACUGAAGGCACAUGUAUAGAGUUAUCAUGGAAGGAGUACUAUGGGAUAGCCCCUGAGCUGCCAGCAAACUUUGAAUACAGAAAUGCUGUGGGAUAUAUCUGCAGAUGUCACCAAGGCUAUACAGGUACUUUUUGUCAAGAAGAUAUCAAUGAAUGUUCAACAUCUCCCUGUCACAAUGGUGGUAGCUGUGAAAAUACUAAAGGAAGUUUUGCAUGCCACUGUCCCCAGACCUUCAAAGAUGGACUUGUGUUUGGUGGGCCAACCUGCCAAGAUGUCCUCAUAGGCUGUGACAGCCAUGGAUGCCAAAAUGGUGGCACAUGUAUACCACUCCUAAGAAACAAUCAGCAUGAAUACAGAUGUGCUUGUGUGAAUGGCUAUUCAGGUUCAAUGUGCCACCUCUCCACCACAUUUUCCUUUGAAGCAAGUGGAUACAUUCAUGUUGGAAGACCUGUUGAAGACAAAGAAGUGCUCUCUAAUAUAACUUUGAGCUUUCGAACGGUUCUUCCCAAUGCCCUUCUGUGUUAUCAGGGUGAUAAGGAUGUUUUCAUCAAGCUUGAGCUUCUUAGUGGCACCUUGCACUUAACCGUACAGAUUAAAAACGAACUGAGCUCUGUCUUGGAGCUUCCACCACACAACAUGAAUGAUGGGGAAUGGCAUAGUGUGAACAUGGUACUUGGAGGAAGAACAGCUACUGUGGCUAUCCUGGACAGCUCCUGUGUCAAUGGAUGUACCGAGGAAAUAGCAGUAGACUCUCAUAUCGGGGAUGUUUCUUUAGGAUUCCAUAACAUUUUCAUUGGCGGACUUAUGGUGAACCAAUCAAACUCUAUAACCAUUAAUGGUCUCCACGCAAAGCCUUAUUUUAUUGGCUGUUUUCAAGAUGUUUAUGUAGACUCCCAGUUGAUUAUUCCUUCCAACCUCUCUCAAGAAUCAGUGUUGAAUUUGACUUUAGGUUGUAGUACCAAAGACAGAUGCCUGUCUGACCCUUGCAACAUGAGAGGACGCUGUGUAAAUCUGUGGCAGAGCUACCACUGUGAGUGUUACAGGCCAUAUGAAGGUCCAAACUGCCUACAAGAAUACGCUGUUGCCCGAUUUGGAAGCGACAGCUUGCCGUCAUUUGCACAGUUCACAAUUGACAACAGCCCUGGAGAGAAUGUUACCAUUUCUAUGUUCAUCCGCACACGUCAACUAUCAGGUUUGCUAUUGGUUAUCCAGAAUCAAACCUACCAAUACCUGAAGAUUUGGUUGGAAAAUGGCAAAGUGAAAAUUCAAGUCAAUCAACUUGAUACCCUUGCUGGAGGAAGCUUUCUCAAUGAUGGCAUUUUCCAUCUGCUGAGUGUGAAAAUGGACCAAACUAAAAUGGAGCUAUUUCAACUGAUGGAGCAGCAAAGCCUUCAUAUUUCAGACUUUCAAAUCCGUGCAGGUGAUACUGUGUACGUGGGAGGACUCCCAGAAGAUAUCCACGUCUCUCAACAUGGAGGAUAUUUUAAAGGCUGCAUACAAGACUUGAGAAUUAACAGCAAUCGCCUAGAGUUCUACACCAUUGAGGCUCCAAUACCCACGUACACAAAAAGGGCCCUCAUGCACGUUACCCAAGGCUGUCCAGGCGACAACAUCUGCAUGACAAAUCCAUGUCAGAACGGUGGUGUUUGCUACUCAAUCUGGGAUGAUUUUACCUGCUCUUGCCCAUCCAGCACUUCAGGGCAACGGUGUGAAGAUGUCAGAUGGUGUGAGCUGAUGCCCUGUCCUUCAGAGGCCAUCUGUCUGAGUUUUGGGCGUGGGUUUGAAUGCAUAGCCAAUGCCACAUUUACUAGUGACAGCCACCCUCUCAUUUACAGAGGAAAUGGGAAGAUUCAGAGAAAUCUCACCAAUGUGACCUUUAGCUUUCGGACCAGAAAGUCAUGGGCUACAUUGCUUUAUGCUGAAGGUGGACCUUCAUUUAUAAGGAUCAGUAUCCAGGAUUCUCUUCUGGUGUUUGAGUUACGCAGUAAUAAUAGCGUUUCAACUACAACUUUGAAGAGCUCCACAUCAGUAAAUGAUGUCAAAUGGCACAUGGUAACUCUGUCUAUGGUCGAAGACAGAUUACUGCAUUCAAACUGGCAGAUGUCUAUUGAUGGAAAAAUAAAUACCAUUUCUAGGAGUGAAUCAACUGGAAACUUAAACUUUCUGAGAGAAGACACUGACAUUUUUAUGGGGGGUACAGGCCCUGAUAGCCAUGGGGAUCUGGUUGGAUGUCUAAGCACAGUCAGCAUUGGUGGAAUUCCAUUGCCUUACCUUACCAGUGCUGACAUCCACAUCACAAAACCUCAGCAAGAACAGUUUGUUAAAGUUUCAACUCACACAGUCAUAGCAGGCUGUUCAGGAGAAGCAGUUUGUGCAUCUAACCCUUGUAGGAAUGGAGGAACCUGUGAAGACCUUUUCAACCUUUUUAACUGUACAUGUCCAGGUGGAUGGACAGGUCUCAUGUGUGACAUAAACAUUGAUGAAUGUGAAUCCAACCCUUGUGUACAUGGAAACUGUUCCGAUAAAAUCCUGUCUUAUGAAUGUAUAUGUAUACCUGGUUACACAGGUAGAAACUGUGAACUGGAAAUAAAUGAAUGUCUAAACCAUCGAUGCAAGAAUGGAGCCACGUGUAUCGAUGGCAUCAACCGAUACUCUUGUCUGUGUCCUCGAAAUUCCACUGGGCCAUUUUGUGAAACCAUCUUGAGAUAUGAACUAGAGAACGAUUCACCGUUUUACUACCCCAUACCACGAUACCCAAAGCUGCCUUCAUCCUUUUGUGAAAAUGAUAAGCGGAAUUACACGUGUUACAAUGGUGGAAACUGCACAAAAGUUUCAUCAGAGUGGAAGUGUGUGUGUCUACUAGGAUUUCAGGGAGACUGGUGUGAAGUGGAUAUCGAUGAGUGUGCGUCGAACCCCUGUCUGAAUGAAGGACACUGCAGGAACAUGAUCAACAAAUAUCAGUGCUUCUGUGGAGUGAACUUCGCCGGGAACAAUUGUGAAGUCGACACUGCUGCUCCAGUAACUGCAUCAGACUUGGCCCCCGUUUUAGUCCCGUGUCUUAUUGGAGGUGCAGUAGUGAUAGCAAUUGUUAUAAUUGUUAUGAUUAUAAAAAUCCGAGAGUCCAGGCAAUUGGAAGGGACAUACAGCCCGAGAAACACUGAGCCCACUGGGAUGCAGGUUGAGAUGGAGUGCAGCAUUGAGAAACCCAGCCCCCCAGAGCGCCUGAUUUGAGAAGGGAGGAGCAAAAGGAAACAGAGUCCGUCUGGAAGGGUCUGGUCUGCCCAGGUACUGUUGAGGCCGGCGCCACGAAGAGAGGAGAAGCAGAGAGCACGGCAAGCAGAGGAGCAGGACUUCUGAACACAUCGGCUAGAAGCGAAGCAGACGUCAUUUUAUUUCUUUUAUUUAUUUGUGCUUCCUUAUAUUUAUUCAGUUCAUUUUCUUUGUUGUUUUUACACUUACGGAAUGGCUCAGAGUACAUCUGUACAGUGCAGGACGUGAUCUAAAAAAAUAAGUGCCUGUGCAGCAUCGGAAAAAUGAAGUCUGUGACGCAUGAGCGUAGUGAUCUACAAUGUUUGACUGGAGGCAAAAGCAACAAUGUCAUACUUAUACUAAAACAAACUCUUCAUGUAUUAUAAACUAAUCAAAAAUAUUUAAUUUUCAGAAAAUGGUAAAAAUAAAGACGAUUCUGGCUCUUUG